AAAUUCAAUCAGAAUCUGCGGGGAAAGAAAAAGUGAAAAAAUUACAUUGAAAUCCCUAAAACUCUCGCUCUCUCCGUCGUGCCGUCUUCACCUUCCAUGUCUGUUUAGUUACAGGUAAAAGUUACUCUCACAUGGGUCUUCACCAUUUAUUACACUUCUAACUGAUUUCAAUCCUUAUCACACACUACACUCAUGAUUUCUCUCUGACCUCAAAAGUCGUUGCUCAACAUUUAACACAACACUUUCAAACAUAAACCUAUCCACUUUCUCACCAGUAAUAAUGGAUUGUACACAUUUCUUCCUAGUAGCAACAGCCACUCUAGGUUUCAUCUCCAUAUCCAAAUCUCUCUUUCAUUUCCUCACCUGGCUAUACGCCAUCUUAAUCCGCCCAACAAAGCAUCUCAAACAUUACGGUUCAUGGGCCGUAAUCACCGGCUCUACCGACGGGAUCGGCAAAUCCAUGGCUCUCGAGUUCGCAUCCAAUGGACUCAACAUUAUCUUACUUGGCCGAAACCCUCUCAAACUCGAAGCAACGUCAAAAGAGAUACUUGAUAAAUUCAACAAUAUUGAGGUAAAGUGCCUUGUUGUAGACCUGCAGAACAAUACCGGAGAUGAAAUAAUGAGAAAAAUUGAAGAAGUUAUUGAUGGUUUAGAUGUUGGAAUCCUAGUGAAUGGCGCUGGUGUAGCCUAUCCUUAUGCAAGAUAUUUUCAUGAAGUUGAUUUGGAUUUGAUGGAUUCAAUCAUUAAAGUGAAUGUGGAAGGAGCAACUUUGGUUACAAAAGCUGUGAUUCCUAGUAUGAUUAAGAAGAAAAAAGGAGCUAUUAUUAACAUUGGUUCUGGUUCCACUGUUGUUCUUCCUUCUUAUCCUCUUGUCACACUUUAUGCAGCUUCAAAAGCGUAUCUUGCAAUGUUCUCUGCAUGUACCAAUUUGGAAUACAAACAUCAAGGAAUUGACAUCCAGUGUCAGAUUCCGUUAUUUGUGUCGACGAAAAUGACAAGGAUGAAGGCGUCUCUGUUUGUUCCAACACCGGAUGUAUAUAGCAAAACAUGCAUGAAAUGGAUUGGUUAUGAGAAACUGGCUGUACCAUACUUUUUUCAUUCUCUGCAGUCGUUUGUCAUAAGGGCGAUUCCUGAUGUGCUGUUGGAUUCUUACAUGCUCAGUUAUUUUCUUUACUGGCGGAAAAGAGGACUUGUCAAGGACUCCAAAAUCAAAGCAUCUAGUAAUUCUGAAGCAAGUUAGCUUUGAUGAUGAUGAUGCCAAAUUUAGUUCUCUAUUUCUGCUAAAUCAACACCUCAUAAGAGUUAUGAUGGUCCCAGUGGAUUACUUAUGUAGUUUUUUUUUUUUUGAUAUUUUCGGGAUAAUUUGCCUAAAACUAUUAUUGCUGUUUUCUUAAAUGUAAGCUCUUAUUGUUUUGUUACCUUUUAAGUAUCCUGCAUCUAUUAACAAUCUUUAGUGGAAA